AUGGCUAAGAGGCAAAACCGCGACGUAAUGUACGAUACUCGGGUUAUCAGGGAUGAACUCUUUGGCUUUUUUUCAGCUGGCCACGAAACAACCUCGACAACGAUUUGCUGGGCCGUCAAGUACUUAACAGACCACCAGGAGGUACAGCAAACACUUCGCUCAUCGUUGAAGUUGGUGCAUAAGCGCGCAGCCGAAUCUGGAGAACUACCCACUGCACAAGAGAUUGUGAAAGCCGACAUUCCUUACCUCGAUGCCUUCAUCGAAGAAAACCACCGCUUGGGCAAUUCUAUUCCCACCGUCAUAAGAAUUACGACCAGAGACACUGUGGUCCUCGGCCACCGAAUACCGAAGGGGACUGACGUUUUCAUGCUCACGAAUGGACCCAGCUUUCAAACUCCAGCUUUUGCAGUGAACGAGUCUGCGCGCAGCAAAACCAGUCAGGAAUCGAAAGACAAAUACGGCGUUUGGGAUGCUUCCGAUAUCGAAAGGUUCAGACCAGAAAGGUGGCUUGUCAAAGAUCAUGAGGGCAACUUGAGAUUCAAUCCUCGUGCUGGACCUGUGCUCCCUUAUGGGUUAGGGCCGCGUGGUUGCUUCGGCAUCAAGCUUGCUGUGUUAGAAUUGAAGGUUAUCAUCACGCUCAUCGUGUGGAGCUUUGAGCUGCAGAAGACACCUCCGUCAUUAUCUGGGUUUGGAGGCGAUGACAUGAAUACUUACAGGGCGCAACAAGUCUACCUCAGACUGGUAGAAGCGAAAUGA